AUGAUCCCGCGAAUCUCGGCGAGGAUCUUCUCCUCCACACCCGGGUUGCGGCCCAGCAGCCAGAAGAACCAGGCCAGCGCCACCGAGGAGGUGUCCCUUCCGGCGAGGAUGAAGUUGACGCAAAUGUCCCUCAGGAACUUGUCGGAGAAGGGCUCACCGUCGUCGUCCCUGAGCCUCAUGAAGAUUGUCAGCAAGUCUGCCCUUGGGGCCUUCUUCUCAUCGGACUCCAGGGCGAGCUCCUUCUUCCUCGUGCUGAUAACCUUGUAG